AUGAGUCGUCUGGAUCCGUACAGCGCUCCGAUGCGCGAGGAGCAGAAGGCCAUCCUCAACGGAUUGCUAGGUUUGGCUUUGGGAAAUGGUUCGGUUUCUCGUCUUUCUCAUACCAAAUAUCUCAGUCUGACCAGAACAAGGCUUCGGAAGAUCAAAGUCAACAUUUUUCGAGUAUUAGGAAAACUUUGAAGAACACAAUAUUUUACCAUGACCUAACUGGAAAAUGGAGGCCCUGCUGUCGAACCUUGCUGCGCUCUGAAACACAAAGUCGUUCAGGGAUAAUCUACGACAAUUACGACACGACGAGACGAGUCCAGCACACGGUGGACAGCAUCUACCGCGUCGUCGUCUUUCUUCUUGUCGUCGUCCUUGGUCUCGUGGGGGCUCUCGUCGUCUUUCUCUGCAUCGCACACUGUCGAAGAGUCCGGAACGAGCGGUGAGUUCAGUCGUUGUGGUUUUAUUCGUUCCUUUUUUUUUCGCAAAAAAUAACUGCGGAAACAAGAUUUUUUAGAAUUACUAGUAGAAACCGAAAUCAAAUCUGAAAAUUUUUAUUGGUCGCUUUAUCUCACGUUUUGAAAAAUGUUUAAAGCUCAGGAAGCCAAGAAACUCUCCCUCGAUAAGAAAUUUCUAACGAUAAACCAAAAAUUUUGUCGAUUUUCCGUGGUAGGCCAUUCCGCGCUAUAAUCUGUUCAGAUUUUUAAUUUCAACCAGCUAAAUCCGCUUCUUCUGAGACGGUACCUUUUCGCGUCAAUGUUUUAUCGCGCGGGACUAAUUUUGAUCUUUUUUGAUCUAAAAGAUAAAAAAAGAAGUCAAAAAAUGCAGGCUUAUUAAAGGACCAUCGUCCUAUGCAUAGUCUGUUCAGAUUUUGAAUGUCAAGCAGCUAGCUCCACCCCCAAGGCUACAAUAUCUUUCGCGUCAAUGUUUUAUCUCCAGAUGACGAUGGUCCUUUAAUAAGGCUGCACUUUUUGACUUCUCUUUCUAUCUUUUGGAUCAAAAAAAGAUCAAAAUUAGUCCCGCCGAUAAAACAUCGACGCGAAAAGGUACUGUCUCAGCAGGGGCGGAGUUAGCUGGUUGACAUUCAAAAUCUGAAAAGACUAUAGAUAAAACAUUGAUGCAGAAUCACUCCGUUCGAUGCGCGCUGGAUGUUUGUCUGCCUGCGUUUUUAUUAGGCCUAAAAUUUCCGUUAUAUAGUCAAUUCAUGCCGACUCGAAAAGCGAGAAAGUCAGAAAAGUGUCCAGGACGCGUAGCGUGUGCGUACGCGGUUCUUGGCACGAAUUCAAUCCUAGCGCCACCGACUAUGUGGAGAGUUCAUUCACCGCUCAUUUUGAAUCAGCUGUACUGUUUUUAAUGCACAAAUGGAGAAAAAGAAAUGGAGAAUGGAAUAAGAAAUGAAAAUAGCGAUGAAAGAGCUUCCAAAUAGUAACACGCCCCGCCCCCUUCUUCGCCUCCCUCGACUUUCAAUUCGGGAAAAUGGGGCUUUGAAAGAAUGGUUCGGGAAGUUAUCCUUCAUCUUAUCGGAUCCACAAAAAAAGAACUGUGAUGUUUAUUUCGUGACAGUUUCGAGGGUGCUGUAGUUUUGGCUUCCAUUUUGAGUGACAAAGACGAGGUUGUAGGUCGGAUGUGGAGCGAAACAUCCGAAAAAACUCACAAUUGCGAUCUCGGAUGGGUGGGUACGGCUCUGUUCGACAAUCAGAGCCCUGAGCUCAUUCUCCAGCUUUUCCUCAUUAUCAAACACAUCGACGUUUUAUCUACUGAUACUGAUAUUAUUGCUUCUCAGGCAAUCGCCACUGCACCAGCACAAUCGAAAGCCAUCGCCGAUUGAAAUUUGA